CCCGUUGUGGCCACUGCGACACAAAUUGAGCUAUCAGUUAUCUAUUAAUACAUGUCUGUAGGUUCAGACAAUCCGGCGUUAAACGGGAAGUCUACAAGCCAUUCUUCAAAAGACGUCCACCAUUAUCUUUGGAGGAGCCUUGACGCACAAAAGCCACCCUUCCACAUCUCCGAUAACGCGCUCCAGGGUCCCCACAAAUGAGUAGAAUAGGGAAAUACCUCUUUAAAGUUCCGCAGUUCAGUACUUUCCGCUCUGUUUUUCUCGUCACGACUUGCGCUCUUACCCUGGUACUCCAGCUACGUCUAUGCAGUCCUGAAUCAUGGCAUGAGACGUCUAAUACCAUGCUGGUUUCCGUAUCUCUUUCGACCGUUGGCCGGGACAUUGAAAUUCAAGAAGAUCAGCUUCAGUGGCUGGUUUCUGCAUGCCUAUCCGAGUUCGGUGUGUAUAUCCACUCAUGUACACUGACCUCUCACCAAUUGUACAAUAGCAAGGGGUCUUGCGAUGUAUGCAUCAGUAUGUGAUGCACCUGAACGCCAUGUCCACAACAUUCGGAUAUUUCGAUGAGUCCUACUCCGUCGCAAUCCGUGUUUCUCGAGGCAGCUGUAU